GAAUACGAAACUAUCCACACGGCAGACAUUCGGAGCUACCGAGCCAAGCAAGAUGUCGACGGAGACUUUGGAGGCCCAACUGGCAACAAUUGCACAAGAAAGUGCAUUCUUGAAGAAAUAUUUCUCUCUUAGGAACAAAUGUGAACAGAUGCACCAGGCAAAUGAGAAGCUGGUAAACAGGAUUCAACAUGUGAAGAAGCUGAUUAAGAGGACAAAGAGAGAAAGGAGAUACUUAGUAAGCCGACUAGAGGAACAUGGAGACAACUUUCGUGAAGCACAGGUGCCAGUUAUGUGGGAGGAGGAUCAACUUUAUAACUUGUUGCGAUCUCCGCCUCCAUACCCAGGCUCAGGGUCUGAGGCAGAGUCGGCCUCCAAAGCUCGUCCCUCCGCAUUGUCAUCCAUACAACCUCUACUGCAGGCUCACGGGAUGACAAGUGAAACCCCGUCAAUCAAAAAAGGAAAAAAAAUCAAGCAGGAUAAAGAAAGGGAUCCCCUAGCCCCUAAGAAACCUGUUAAUGCUUUCAUGCUUUUUCGUCAGCAAAGAAGAGCGGGAAUUCAAGAGGAGUAUUUUAAGGAACACAGAGAUGCCAUUUCUGCUCAUGAGUUGACAAGGAGACUGGCCUUAGAAUGGGAGAAUAUUGCAACAGAGCAGAAAAAGGUUUACCAGGACAUGUAUGAGCAGAGUAUGCAGCAGUAUGAGCUGGAGAUGCAGGAGUACGCAAUGGGCCAGUAUGGGGAGGCUCCAGAUCCACGGAGGCCCACCAGUCCACUGGCAGACGCAGCCAUGACGGCACUCGAACUUGCCUCCAGGUACGGCGCCACUCUCAAUGUGAAACAAGAAGUGGAGGAUUGAACAUUUUCACCUUCAAUCGGGCAUAUGAAGCAGUGAGUGACGGAUUAAUAAUUGAGACAGUCAGACAAAGCAUUAUGCAAUGUAUAGUGAGUGACUAUCAUGCAUUUUGACAGCUUCAACCAGUGUACUUGACCAAGGAACAUUCUGGUAUGGAUAUAUUUUCAUGUGCUGUCCUUGUAUAUGGCUGAGGUGGACAUAAAGAACAAUGUAUUGUUUUAAGUGGCUUUAAGAAUUGUUUGAAACUAUGGACCAACUAAUGUGUGUUGGUGUGGCUUAGCUUCACUUACAACAGUUAUGAGCAUGUUGAUAUGUUGCCAUGGUAAUCUUGUACAUAUAUCCUCUCAUACUUGUUAAUCAGCUGUUGACCGGAGCACAUAGUCUUGUGUUUGUCAUCAUGAUGCAUCUUCAUCUGUUAAAAGUAUUCAGACAAAAAAUAUUUCUCAUGUCAACUUUGUGAUUUAUAUGCAUAUGUUCUUGUGCAGGAGAUGUAUUGUUGAUGAUGAGAGGCGUCCUAAGCUUCAACUCUCCCUUGUGAACUACCCUCAUCCACUGGAUUUGUAGCGGUCAGUUGCUUGUCACAUAUUAUCAGUUACUUUGGUAACAAGGAUGAGUGACAGCUUGAUGUCACAUGUUCUCUUUAUCAGUGUUUCCACCAUGGUGUGGCUAGGGUUUCUGUUGUGUUUCUGUUCUCUGUGUGAGGUCCCCUCUGCUGUUGCCAGUGUCUAGGUUGUGUGCUGCAGCAUGUAGAAACUAGCUGCUGGUCUGAAGGAGGAUCAAGGUCAAUCAUUGCAAAUGAUGUGUAGAAAACAAGUGUGUCUUUAGCUAUAUAGAACUUGUAACAUUGGUACUUAAGUUAGCAGCUGAAAUGUUGAUGUAACAAUGCAUUAAAAGAGCUUAAUUGUUAAAUUUUGUGUAUCCUCUGCAUUAAAAUGACACAUGUCAAGUUUCAGGAACCCUUAUUUCACGUUGACACAUUGCUGGAAUUCCUGUCAUUAAUUGGAGGAAGACAGGGUUGACUUCCUGCUUGUUUAGUUUUACAAUGCAAUUGUAAGAAUAAGAAAGUUGAUCAUGCUUUUAUUGAUGCAGUUUCCAAAUCCCUUUUAGAAAUUUAAUUGAUUGUUUCAUUGAAAGUGUGUGUGCAAAAGUGUUUUUUUUUAAAAACAAUUUGAUGAGGUAUUGUUAUGUCCUGUAUUGCACCUGGCUAUGUUCAGUACUGGCUGCUUGUGUAGUUGGUGCACACAUACUUGAGGUGCUGCAGCGUUCUAAUGACAUAUCACGCCAACAUUUUGUAUUUUAUGAGGUAUUUUUAUUGUUUUCUUGUGCCAUGGAACACAAACUAUUAUGAUUGUUCGGUGUGUGAUAGCUUGUUAGAUAUAGUGUGAAAAAUGUGGUAAAAGUGCUAAACUGAAGGAUGCAAAUAAACUAUGAAAUAUG